AUGCCUAGGGAAAUCAUCACGAUCCAAGCCGGCCAGUGCGGCAACAACGUCGGCAGCCAGUUCUGGCAGCAGCUGUGCUUGGAGCAUGGAAUCAGCCAGGAUGGUAACUUGGAGGAGUUUGCGACGGAAGGCGGAGACCGCAAGGAUGUGUUCUUUUACCAGAGUGACGACACCAGAUACAUUCCCCGCGCGAUUCUCCUCGAUCUAGAGCCUCGAGUCCUUCACAGUAUUCAAUCAGGCCCCUACAAAAACAUCUACAACCCCGAGAAUUUCUUCAUGGGAGAAAAUGGAGUUGGAGCUGGUAAUAACUGGGGUGCCGGUUACGCUGCAGGCGAGGGUGUGCAGGAGGAGAUAUUUGACAUGAUCGAUCGUGAGGCGGAUGGAAGUGAUUCCCUCGAGGGCUUUAUGUUGCUGCACUCGAUUGCAGGAGGUACAGGCUCCGGCCUGGGAAGUUUUCUUUUGGAGCGCAUGAAUGAUCGCUUCCCCAAGAAGCUCAUUCAGACAUACUCCGUCUUCUCGGAUUCCAAUGACGUGGUUGUAAACCCCUACAACAGUCUGCUCACUCUGCGUCGGUUGACUCAAGAUGCUGACUCUGUGGUUGUCUUGGAUAAUCUGGCACUGGCAAGCAUUGUUGCCGACCGAUUGCAUGUGCAAAAACCCAACUUCGAUCAGACUAACCAGCUUGUUUCAACGGUCAUGUCGGCAUCUACUACUCCCCUACGAUACCCAGGGUACAUGCACAAUGAUCUAGCAGGCAUCAUCGCCUCGUUGAUCCCAACACCGCGCACUCACUUCUUGGUCACUUCGUAUACGCCAUUCACCGGUGAUAAUAUUGAACAAGCCAAGACUGUCCGCAAAACCACCGUUCUAGAUGUUAUGCGCCGUUUACUUCAACCGAAGAACCGCAUGGUCUCCAUCAACCCAAGCAAGACCAGCUGUUAUAUGAGCAUUCUCAACAUCAUCCAGGGUGAGGCAGAUCCUACAGACGUCCACAAGUCACUUUUGCGUAUCCGUGAACGUCGCUUGGCUUCAUUUAUCCCAUGGGGCCCCGCUAGCAUCCAGGUCGCACUCACCAAGAAAUCGCCAUACUUGCAACAUACGAACCGAGUCAGCGGUCUGAUGUUGGCGAACCACACCUCUGUUGCAACUCUCUUCAAGCGGAUUGUUCAGCAGUACGACCCGCUGCGUAAACGCAAUGCCUUCAUUCAACAAUACGAGAAGACCCCGCCCUUUGCUGAUGGACUGGGUGAAUUCGACGAAGCCCGAGCGGUGGUGAUGGAUCUGAUUCAUGAGUAUGAAGCUGCGGAACGUGAGGAUUAUUUAGAGCCGGUUGCAAGCAAAGAGACCGAUCCCCGAGCUGACCCCAGAGUAUGA